UAUCAGUUCAAGAGCAUCAUAAUAACAUAGACUAAAAUUAUAACAUGCUCUAUUCCUAAUCAGGUACUGCAGGGUAAGUGAAAGUGUAAUCCCAAUGGUCGUAAGGGAACAAAGUAUAGUCAACCUUCGGUUUUGAAACAGUGACAUGCCCAGCGAUCUGUUGCCAGAAACGGAUAUUUGUAACAAACUAGCUUUAUUACUGUCUACCGGCACGCUUUUCGUGCUAGCACAUCAUGUAUCUAUAGUGGUACAGACACAGCCUCGCGGACCGAAUUCAAUAUUGGCGAAAAUGCAUAUAUAAAGGAAUACAAAUGUUUCACGUUUACGGCUUCGUACCUUCUCUUUUAUUCAGCCAAGCAAUAUUUGAAAUGCCUACUCUCAACAAGCAAGUCAUUUUCUCCAAGGUUCCCACUGAUUAUCCUGUCGCGGGUGAGCACAUCUGCGUGCAAGACUCCAGCAUUGACCUUGACGCUCCUUUGGAGGAAGGCCAGUUUCUUAUCAAGCUUCUCGCGCUCUCUGUCGAUCCCUAUAUGCGUAAUCGUAUGCGAGACGCAUCCAGCCAAGGAUAUACAUCCGAAUUCAUUUUGAAUGAACCGAUGACUGGUGAUACCAUGAACGUAGUCCUCAAAUCAAACAAUAUCAAGUAUAAAGAGGGAGACCUGGUGCACGGUAAGACCGCUUGUGGAAUUUUUGCACAAUAUGCGGUUAUUUCAAAGGAGAUGGAGCCUAUGUAUGAAGUGGAGAAUGGGCCGAAGAGUACUGGACUCCCCAUUACAAACUACCUUGGUGCACUUGCUAUUACGGGUUUAACCGGCUAUGUCGGCCUUUUAAAAUAUGGAGCUCCUAAAAAGGGAGAGACGCUCUAUGUUUCUGCUGCCGCUGGAGCUAUUGGCCAAUUAGUUGGUCAGAUCGGUAAAGUGCUUGGUUUACGCGUUGUUGGCUCUGCCGGAUCAGAUAUAAAAACAAAGUUCCUUGUGGAAGAACUUGGUUUCGAUGCUGCAUUCAAUUACAAGACGGCGCAUACCUACACCGAGAAACUGAAGGAGUUAUGUCCGAACGGUAUUGAUAUCUACUUUGAUAAUGUCGGUGGGAAAAUGCUCGAAGCAGCAAUCAACAAUUUCAACAACCAUGGCAGAAUUAUUGGCUGUGGUAUGAUUUCACAAUACAAUGGUCAAGAACCGGAACAUGUGGAUAAUCUUAUAAUGAUUAUUUCUAAACGGCUGCGGUUCGAAGGUUUCGUUGUCUUUGAAUCACUAGACAUGUUCGAGUCUUUCCGCAAUGAUGUGACGAAGUGGUUGUUGGAAGGCAAAAUCAAAUAUCAUGAGACUAUUUUUGACGGUAUUGAGCUAACGCCUCAAGCAUUGGUUGAUAUGCUCCGUGGAAAAAGCAUCGGUAAACAGCUUGUUAAGGUGGCCGAUUUCUAAUUAUUAGAAGCAAACUUUUAUUUAUUUCUCUUUCGUACACCUAUAUAUUAAAAAAAAUUAUCGCUGUUUUUUUGGAUAACAAAUCAGCUUCCAGUUACUGUC